AUGAUGGACCUCCAAGACGUGCAAGUCUUCCAGCUCGGGAUUAGAGGGCAGUUCCAGCGCCUGACGGACAAAGAGAAGCGAUAUGCGCACCAUAUGGCUCGUGCCGCAUGGCACGGAACAAGGAUCAUCCUUCGCCAGGUCUCCCCAGAGUCGACGUCGAUAUUUGACUUCAUCCUCGAGCUCCACAACUUUUGCAACGGUAAUUGGAGCUCUCUGACUGGGCCCGACGUCAGCGAGGAGAGGCUCGGAGGAUUCCUGGUCUAUGCAGCCACGUUUCUUUCCAACGUCGGGAAUUACUUUGGGUCGGGUGACCAAAAGUUUAUCCCGGCCGUGGACGGUCUGGCCUUGAAGACCCUCGCCCGCAACUCCCCCAGGCUUUCGGAGCUGUACAAACAGAUAGCGGAGUCCAUCCAUGCCAGGCCACCUUUCAGUCUCGGCUACCCUGCCGAGUCAACGCAGAGCAGCUACUACCCCGACUCUCCCUCCAUCACUGAGGAGGAGAUCAAGGCAGUCUCCAGGGCUCUGGAGCGGAAUUCGGUCUUUUUAGAGAAUACGCGGCUGCGGAAGGCGCCCGACAGCGUGGAUUACGAGCUCCUAGUCGCCUCUGUAACCUGCGAUAUUGAAGGAGAUCCUACUGCUCAGAGGACUUUUGCUCUUGGUGAGGACCAACAGGGUGUGGUGAGGCUAGUGCAUGGCGACCAUUCUGCGGACCUCGAGCUCAUCUGCGCCGAGCUGUCCCUUGCAUCCAAGUACGCGGCAAACGACGCCCAGCGAGAGUUUCUGGCCUUGUAUAUCAAGAGUUUCCGCACCGGCGAUCUGGAAGCCUACCGCGAGUCACAGCGCAUCUGGGUCCGGGACUGCGCGCCCCGCGUCGAGAACAUCAUGGGCUUUGUUGAGCCAUACCGCGAUCCACAUGGCGUUCGCGCCGAGUUUGAGGGCCUGGUUGCUAUCGCCGAUGACGGAGAGACGGCGAUGCUCGCAAAGUUAGUAGAGCUUUCGCCUCGCUUCAUUCGUCGGCUGCCAUGGGCGACCGAGGAUAAUGACGGCAAGGGCCCAUUUGAGAAGAGUCUGUUUGAACCGCCAGACUUUUCCAGCAUUCACUCUCUUGCCUACUGCUCUAGUAUUAUAUUCCCCGGAAUCAACCUGCCAAACUAUAAUGACAUCCGACAAGAGGUAGGGUUCAAGAACGUCAUUGUCGCCAACCGCAUGGCAGCCGACAGCCAUUGCAAGCAGUACCCUUUCAUCCCACUCUCUGAGGCCAAAAAGUUCAAGGAGCACAAGUUCCCUGCGUACUACUGGUGGGUUGUGCUACACGAGCUGCUCGGCCAUGGGACCGGUAAGAUGAUGGUCGAGAAAGGGGAAGGCCAGUUCAACUUUGACAUUGGGAACCCGCCCGUCAACCCGCUUUCGGGCAAGCCCAUCGCGAGUUGGUACAAGCCGGGACAGACGUGGACGGGCCAGUUUGCAGACCUGGCUACCACGGUGGACGAGUGCAGGGCCGAACUUGUUGGGGCAUAUCUCAUGGACGACAAAGAGCUGUUGGGGCUACUUGGGUUCACGGACACGUCCCAUAUCCGAGCCGAGGAUUUAACAUAUAAUUUAUACCAGCAGCUUGGAGUGGAUGGGUUGCGCGGUCUCGCCAACUUCAACGUGGGCAGUGGCAAAUGGGGCCAGGCACACAGCAGAGCGCACUUCUCAAUACUCAAAUGCCUCCUGGUCGAUGGCGACGGUGUAGUCGCCAUCAUCCACAACAAACCUAAGAACUCGCUUACCGUCCAAGUGGACAGGUCCAAGAUUGUAACGCACGGAAAGCCCACACUUGGUCGGAUGCUCCUUCGUCUGCACAUGUACCGCUGCACGGCCGAUGUGACGGCCUGCCGGACUUAUUACGAGGACCUCUCCAGAGUUGCGGGAGAGCAUCUCGAGUGGAGAGAGACAGUGCUAGCUAACAAGCCGCCUCCAGUGGUGUUUGUGCAGGCGAACACAUUCCUUGGAGAGAACGGCGGUGAGGUCGUGCUCAAAGAAUACGAUGCUACUGUGGAGGGCAUCAUUCAGAGCUGGGCCGAACGCAGAGUUUGA